UUGCGUCCGCAGGUUGAUAGCGAGGACUGCGCCUGCGCGACAAUAGAAAGCAUCAUGCCAGAAAAGAUGACGGCGCCAAAAGAUGCUCAGGUGAUGGCAGCCGUCCUGAAGGACAUGGGAGUGACAGACUACGAACCUCGAGUCAUCAACCAGAUGCUGGAGUUCACCUACCGUUAUGUGACGGACAUCUUCGAGAACGCCCGUGUUUAUUCCACCUUUGCCAAGAAGAAGGAGAUGGACACGUCAGACGUGAAGCUGGCCAUCAGACACAACUCCGACCAUUCCUUCGCAACUCCACCACCUCGAGAUUUCCUGAUGGAGAUAGCCCGGCAGAAGAACAGCACACCUCUGCCACUGAUCAAACCCUACGGAGGCCCCAGGCUCCCUCCAGACAGAUACUGUCUACUCUCAAAUAACUACAGACUCAGGUCCUUACAAAAAAAGCCGAAGCUGACAGUAGCAGUCCCUCGUCUGGGCCUGUCCACAGUCAUGGGACAGCCUUCUCCUGUCGGUACGUCGACAAGUCGAGUAUCCAGCCCGACGACAGCAAAAAUCACCAUUCCGGUCAGCGUAACGUCCAGAGUGGGACAACAUUCCUCACACAUCAAAUCAUCCCAGACAACCCUACUGCAGCCCACGUCACUGCUGGGCAGGCCUAUGUCUACUCUGGGAUCCUCUUCCUCAAUAGGAGACUCCAGCGGCACAAAACGGAAAAGAGAGGAUGAUGAUUAUGAUAUACUAGAAUAGAAGUAACCAAAAACAACAAUAUCUAGUUCUGUAAAUACUACUUAGGACACAUGAAAUUUUCAUUU